CGGCCCGGAACCGGCCUCGGAACAGUGGCGGAACCUGAGGCCGCUUGUCCUCCCGCCCCAUGGAGCGGCCCCCGGGGCUGCGGCCGGGUGCGGGCGGGCCCUGGGAGAUGCGCGAGCGGCUGGGCACCGGCGGCUUCGGGAAUGUCUGCCUGUACCAGCAUCGGGAACUUGAUGUCAAAAUAGCAAUUAAGUCAUGUCGCGUAGAGCUAAGUACCAAAAACAGAGAACGGUGGUGCCAUGAAAUCCAGAUCAUGAAGAAGUUAAACCAUGCCAAUGUUGUAAAGGCCUGUGAUGUACCUGAAGAAUUGAAUUUUUUAAUUAAUGAUGUUCCUCUUCUAGCAAUGGAAUACUGUUCUGGUGGAGAUCUCCGGAAGCUACUCAACAAACCAGAAAAUUGCUGUGGACUUAAAGAAAGCCAGAUACUUUCUUUACUGAGUGAUAUAGGGUCUGGGAUCCGAUAUUUGCAUGAAAACAAAAUUAUACAUCGUGAUCUAAAACCUGAAAACAUAGUUCUUCAGGAUGUUGGUGGAAAGAUUAUGCAUAAAAUAAUUGAUCUGGGAUAUGCCAAAGAUGUUGAUCAAGGAAGUCUGUGUACAUCUUUUGUGGGAACACUGCAAUAUUUGGCCCCAGAGCUCUUUGAGAAUAAGCCUUAUACAGCUACUGUUGAUUAUUGGAGCUUUGGGACCAUGGUGUUUGAAUGUAUUGCUGGAUAUAGGCCCUUUUUGCAUCAUCUGCAGCCAUUUACCUGGCAUGAGAAGAUUAAGAAGAAGGAUCCAAAGUGUAUAUUUGCAUGUGAAGAGAUGACAGGAGAAGUUCGGUUUAGUAGCCAUUUACCUCAACCAAAUAGCCUUUGUAGUUUAAUAGUAGAACCCAUGGAAAACUGGCUUCAGUUGAUGCUGAAUUGGGAUCCUCAGCAAAGAGGAGGACCUGUUGAUCUUUCUUUGAAGCAGCCGAGAUGUUUUGUAUUAAUGGAUCACAUUCUGAAUUUGAAGAUAGUACACAUCCUAAAUAUGACUUCUGCGAAGAUAAUUUCUUUUCUGUUACCACCUGAUGAAAGUCUUCACUCACUGCAGUCUCGUAUUGAGCGUGAAACUGGAAUAAAUACUGGUUCACAAGAGCUUCUUUCUGAGACAGGAAUUUCUCUGGAUCCUCGGAAACCAGCCUCUCAAUGUGUUCUAGAUGGAGUUAGAGGCUGUGAUAGCUAUAUGGUAUAUUUGUUUGAUAAAAGUAAGACUGUAUAUGAAGGACCGUUUGCUUCCAGAAGUUUAUCUGACUGUGUAAAUUAUAUUGUACGGGACAGUAAAAUACAACUUCCAAUUAUACAGCUGCGUAAAGUAUGGGCUGAAGCAGUACAUUAUGUGUCUGGGCUAAAAGAAGACUAUAGCAGGCUCUUCCAGGGACAAAGAGCAGCAAUGUUAAGUCUUCUUAGAUAUAAUGCAAACCUGACAAAAAUGAAGAACACUUUGAUCUCAGCAUCUCAGCAACUGAAAGCUAAAUUGGAGUUUUUCCACAAAAGCAUUCAGCUUGAUUUGGAAAGAUACAGUGAGCAGAUGACUUACGGGAUAUCCUCAGAAAAAAUGUUAAAAGCAUGGAAGGAAAUGGAAGAAAAGGCUAUCCACUAUGCUGAGGUGGGUGUCAUUGGUUACCUGGAGGAUCAGAUCAUGUCCCUGCACACUGAAAUCAUGGAGCUACAGAAGAGCCCUUAUGGAAGACGUCAGGGAGACUUGAUGGAAUCUCUGGAACAGCGUGCCAUUGAUCUAUAUAAACAGUUAAAGCACAGACCUUCAGAUCACUCCUACAGCGACAGCACAGAAAUGGUGAAGAUCAUUGUGCAUACUGUUCAGAGUCAGGACCGGGUUCUCAAGGAGCUGUUUGGUCAUCUGAGCAAGUUAUUGGGCUGUAAGCAGAAGAUUAUUGAUCUACUGCCCAAGGUGGAAAUGGCCCUCAGUAACAUCAAAGAAGCUGACAAUACUGUCAUGUUUAUGCAGGGAAAGAGGCAGAAAGAAAUAUGGCAUCUCCUUAAAAUUGCCUGUACACAGAGUUCUGCCCGGUCCCUUGUAGGAUCCAGUCUGGAAGGUGCAAUAACCCCUCAGGCAUCAGCAUGGCUUCCCCCAACUUCAGCAGAACGUGAACAUCCCCUGUCAUGCGUGGUAACUCCUCAAGAUGGGGAGACUAUAGCACAAAUGAUAGAAGAAAAUUUGAACUGUCUUGGCCAUUUAAGCACUAUUAUUCAUGAAGCAAAGGAGGAACAAGGCAGUAGUAUGAUGGUAAGUUUUAUAUGGACUAUGGGUGUGCGUUUUAGGUUUGUUGGAUACAAAGCACUUUAAACUUUCCAUGUGAGUCUUCUCUGGCAUUUGGGAUGCACAUGGAGAAUUGAAGAAAGAGAAAGAGCAUUUGAGGAGUAUCCUUGACCUCAAAUCCCUGUCUUCUGUUACGGAUAUACUAAGAUUAUAUCAUCAGCAGUCUUCAACAGUAGCAUAUUUGGUCAAAUUAAAUGAGGGGGAACAUUUUUUUGCAAUGUGACCACUGAAAUUGAAUGGUUUCUGCCUUUUUGCUUCAGCACUCGAUUUUCUCUAAGAAGAUGGGGCAGGGAUUAUACUAUAACUCAAAUAUAGUAACCACUGUGUGCAAAAUGAAUGAUGUUAAUAUAGUAAUAAAAGAAGUAUUUAUAGUAAGAUUUUGUUAUGGUGAAUUAUUGAUUUGUUAAAACUUAGAGAAACUACAAUAAAAUGUUUACUUAAUGAACUUUACUAUGUUUAGUCUCAAGGUCAACUCUUCAUAUUUCCUUUCAUUAAUUAUUUACUUCAAAUACUUAUGAAACUCUUGGAAAUACUUUUCUAAUGAGCAGGAAAGAAGGUAAAACUAAACUCUCUACUUGUAAUUUUACUUAUACUUUUGAUUUUAACAUGUCCAAAUAAACAGAAAACUUGCAAAAAGUAACAGCCAUAAACCUACCACUUAUAGUCAACAUCUGAUUGUAACUUUUUCAUGCCUGUUUUAGAAUCUUGAUUGGAGUUGGUUAACAGAUUGACUUGCUACUUAUUCACUGUCCCCAAACCUAUGGAAGUUGUUGCUGCACGUGUUGGAAAUUUGUUUUUCUCCCAUGAAAUCAUUCUUCAGACACCAACAAAUGGAAGAAAUGACUAUGAUCAGAAAAUUUGCAUGAUUUUACAAAGACAGUAUUUUGACUUUGGGUAAUUUUGAUCUCUGAAUAGACAGAAUCUUUUAAGCUAGUGGACUUGUUUAAAUAUGAUAGCUACUCAAGCACAGCAAUCCAUUUGUCUUCAAACUUGACAAAACAUUUAACUGACUAAAAACAUCUUUUACUGUUUAACUUUUGGGCAUAAGGCCAAAAGUUUUAUAUAUAUAUAUAUAUAUAUAUAUA